AUGUUACACUCAUCUCAACAAAUAAAUAUUUGUGUAUUAGGUAGUGGAAAUGUUGGUAAAAGUGCAUUGACAUUACAAUUUAUGUAUGAAGAAUUUGUUGAAGAUUAUGAACCGACAAAAUCAGAUUCUUAUUCAAAAACAAUUCCUUUAAAUGGUUAUCAUGUUGAUGUAUCAAUUUUGGAUACAGCUGGUCAAGAAUCAUAUGCUGGUAUAAUGGAUAUGUUCUAUCGUAAUAGUGAUGGAUUUAUCAUUGUAUUUUCAAUAACUGACUAUGAAUCAUUCACUGCUGUUGUUCCUUUGUUAGAAAGAUAUUUAAUUAAUCCACAAUCAGUACGUAUUCCAUGUGUACUUGUUGGUAAUAAAAAAGAUUUAAUUGAUCAAAGGCAAGUUUCAACAGAAUCAGCUUGUAAAUUAGCUCAACAAUGGAGAAUAAGUUAUAUUGAAACUUCAGCUAAAACACAAGAGAAUGUUAAAGAGUUAUUUCAUGCAAUGGCCUCCGAUAUAUUACAAAUGAAACUUGCCAAUACUCAACCACAAGUUCCACAGAAUAAAUCUAAUGAAGGUGGUUGUUGUUGUAUUUUAUAA